GAAACAGAGAGGGAUGACGCACUGCAGAAGCUGCAGGCGACGGCCAAGGAACUGGAAGGACUACAUAGUGCACAGCAAAAGGCUGAAGAAGAGCGAGCGAGGAUUGCGCCACUCUCAACGCACUCCAAGAGUCCACAACACCGCACGGGAAGUGGAUUCUCACAGAGAGGCUCUGCAUCCCAUGACCCCGCCCAGGCACCCGUGUACAGCAUCACUGCCCAGGAGUACGAAAGUGUUGUUGCCGAGAAGAAGAAGGCGGAAGAACAACUCGAUGACGCACUGCAGAAGCUGCAGGCGACAGCAAAGGAACUGGAAGGACUACAUAGUGCACAACAAAAGGCUGAAGAAGAGCGAGCGAGGAUUGCGCCACUCUCAACGCACUCCAAGGGUCCACAACACCGCACGGGAAGU